AUGCGACCACAACGCGAAUACCACAUUGUUGUGCUAGGUGCUGCUCAAUUCGUCCAAAAUGUCUGGAUUGAGAGUUAUGACCCUACCAUCGAAGAUUCAUACCGCAAGCAGAUCGAAGUAGAUGGCCGACAAUGUAUCCUGGAAAUUCUUGAUACUGCAGGAAUGGAACAAUUCACUGCUAUGAGAGAGUUAUACAUGAAGCAAGGCCAAGGCUUUUUGCUCGUAUUCUCCAUCACUAGCAUGUCGUCUCUGAACGAGUUAUCUGAACUGCGCGAGCAAAUCAUCCGCAUCAAAGACGACGAAAAGGUCCCCAUAGUAAUUGUGGGAAAUAAGUCCGACCUGGAAGAAGACCGUGCCGUCGCUCGUGCCCGAGCCUUCGCUCUCUCCCAGAGCUGGGGCAACGCACCCUAUUAUGAGACUUCCGCUCGUCGAAGGGCCAAUGUCAACGAGGUAUUCAUCGACCUCUGUCGCCAAAUCAUCAGAAAGGAUCUGCAAGGAUCAUCGAAGCACGGCGAGUCGUCGCGCAAGCGGGAAGGCCCGAACCGCCACGACAGAAAGAGAGAUAAGAGACGACAGAACGGACGCCCCUGUGUGAUCCUAUAA